AUGCUCGCCCAAGCAUGGACCACCAGGCCUCCAUGGCUCUUCCAAAUGGCUCCUCUCUUCAACAGACAAAAACUUCGAAACAUGGCACCAACGUUGGCUGCAUGGGGAGCAUUCGCUGGCAUAACUGCACUGCUCUUCUUGGAGCCUACUCCUUUGGCUCGAACAGAUAUUUUCAGCAAAAUCCCUGUUGCUGGAGCAUACUGGAAGAACAAGUUGGCUGCUGCUGAACAAAAGGAUUAG